GCGCCGCCUCGCCGGCUCCCUCAGGAGCGCGGGCCCGCGGCCACGCCGGCAUCGGCCGCGGGCGCUUGCCGAGCGCAGGUCGGUGUCCGGCGGGAGCCCAGCCCCCGUGCUCCGCCGGGGCGGCGAGGGCGGCUCCGAGCGCCUUGCGGGACCGCUCCGCUCUGCCGGAGCCGCCCGGGCAAGCGGCAGGUGCGUCCCUUCCCGCCCGGCGGGUUGCGGUGCGGGAGGGAGGAGACUGCCGACGGCGUCAGGUGUGUUCUGUGUAACUUCUCUGUAGGGAAGUUGCCCGACCCUGUUUGUUACAGAUCUUCCCUCAGGAAAAAUAUCAGAGCCGUUAGGUUACAAGUCAGGAUGCUGCGAAGCAGGAGUGAGCAACAACAUCGUAACCUUCAGACAGAGCCCCAGUGAAAGGUUUCCUCUCUUGGUGCUCUCUGCCAUGCUCCAAACACUCUCUGGCAGUAAUUACUACCACGUGAAAGACCUCCAAAUGAGAAACAGUAUUCGGAUGAGGCAAGGAAUCCAACAACUGCUGAAAAGAAGACCAUAGUACCACAGUGAUGCCCUGAUAUCCCAGCAGUACUUGGAAGUGGGAUCUUUGCUCUUAGCUGAUGCCACCUGCCCAGGCACAGGACUCCCUCUGGCCUUCUGAGCCUUAUGACAAGGCUCCACGUCACUUCGCUUACGCUGUUUCACUCGGGCUACUAUGUUUUCAAAGCAGUGUAAGGAAGGCUCUUUGCUUUCUCUGAAAACCAGGUGUUCUUCCCAGCCACUGGGAAGGUGUGAGUGAGCUCAGUGCGAUGAGCAAGACAGUGGAGCUGCUGGUGGAGGGGAACUCCCUGAUAAGAGCCGUCUACCAAAGCCGCCUUCGCCUCACCCGGCUCUUACUAGAGGGAGGUGCCUACAUCAACGAGAGUAAUGAGAGGGGUGAAACCCCACUGAUGAUUGCUUGUAGGACACAACAUGUGGACUCCCAGAGUGUCAGCAAGACAAAGAUGGUUAAAUACUUAUUGGAAAACAAGGCUGAUCCGAACAUACAGGACAAGUCUGGAAAGACAGCCUUGAUGCACGCUUGUUUGGAAAAAGCAGGCCCUGAAGUGGUCUCCCUGCUACUGAAAAGUGGAGCUGACCCAAGCCUGCAAGACCACUCCAAUUGCUCUGCGCUUGUCUAUGCCAUAAAUGCUGAGGACAAAGAGACUCUGAAAGUUCUUCUUAAUGCCUGCAGGGCACAAGGAAAAGAAGUUAUCAUCAUUACAAUGGACAAGUCCUCCUCGGGAAGGCAGAAAACUAAGCAGUACCUAAACAUGCCUCCUGCAGACCUCGAGGAAUGCCACUCCCUAUCUGCUUGCAUUUCCCCAUCGCAAAUAGAACUGAAAACCUCUCCAUCCCCCCUUUCCGUUUCAAAUGAAACUGAAAAAGCAGUGUUCAGCUUUAAAGAGCUGGAUCAUCCACGAAGUGUGGACAACUCAUCUCAAACAGUUCCGCUGAUGAGAAAAUUCAGCUCUUCAAAAGCAGGGUCCAAGCUGGUGCCAAUGCAGCGGCUACAGCCCAAGCCUUGGAUAAAGAGCUCUCCAUCACUGUUUCACCGGAGUAAAAUUGCUACUGUACAAGAACUUCAGGACAUUACUCCAGAAGAAGAGUGCUCUUUUAAAAUCAACAGCCUUGCCUUGUCAACCAGGCCCCAAAGUAUUGACAUAAAAGACACUGCUCACUUACUGAAAACCUUUGAUCAAACUGGAUCAAGGAAGUUAUCGUAUGAUGAGAUAAACUCUCAGACUCCUUAUGUUGAAGAGAAACAUAACCCCAGUAGGAUUCCUAUGGGUAAGGAUGCCGGUUUGGGACAACUCAGCUUUACUUCAAACCUACACAAUAUUAUUCAGAAGAGACAUUUAGGAGCAAACGACUACAGCUCUGAUUCUCAGUUAACUGCUAAUCCAAGUCCUGCUGCUUCAGAAGACAGUAAGUCAGUGACAGGAAAGAAGAAGAUUAUUUCUCCAUCUCACUCUUUGUUGUCAAGUCCUAGACAGGUACUCGAGAACAUGCCUCCCAUUACUCUGAGCAGGAGAAAUCGAGCUUGUCUAGAAAGACAGGGCUCAGGAGCCUUAUUGUUGGAUCAUCUUACUCAGACAAGACCAGGUUUUCUUCCACCACUGAAUGUGAAUCCUCACCCCCCAAUUCCAGGUAUUACAUUCAUAAACGGGGUCUCUGGGGUGAUUUCUUGUGGACAGAAACACUUAGUACCAGCAGCACCUGCUUUGCCAAGGGAGACCAAAAAUACACAAACCCUACUACGGAGGCAGUCAUUACAGACUGAGCAGAUUAAGCAAUUAGUGAAUUUUUAACAGGGGAUUAAAGGAUCACAAAAAUCUUUAUCAUAUGUACAUAUUCACUGUGCUACCUGAUUGUAGUGAUAUGUACAGCAAGAGAGCAGGUCUGUGAUGUAAAGCUCUCUGCCUUGGAAUGAGUUAGAUAACUUACAGCCUACAUGAAAACAUGUACUUAACUAACAAUACUGCUUUCUGCAAACUGAGGAAUGUCUGUGAUAAUGUUUUUAUAAUACUGUUUGCAGCUUCAGCAACUAAAUCCUCUCUGUGACAGGCUGAACUCACAACAGGUCUUGGGCAUCGCAGUUCUCAUUUUAGAUGGGGAAUACUCUUAGGUUUCCCUACAGGUGUACUCGUUCUGCACCCAGAAUCCAUGGAAUCUGGGAACUUGAAAGAUUUGAUAGUGAUGCUGGACACCAGACUCUGUCCCAGUUGUCUGAUAUCCAGAAAUCCCAGGCACAACGAGCAGAGAGAGCAGACAUCGGUAAGUGUACACAGGCAAUGUCUUCUGGCUUUGGUGGCUUUACUGCAUGUAAAGAGGCAACGUCCAGGGCCAGAGAAAUUCACGUUGCAGAGCUGUGGCAUCCGUAAGUAUGCCCAGGGAAUGUGGGUUUAAGACUGGGAGCCUGCUUUAGAGACCUUGCUCCCCAGUGGAAGUCCAUUUGAUACACAGAGCCACUGGAGAGUUCAGCACAGGAAACUUGGCAGCCGAAUCAGGCAGCCAGCACAGUGAGCAAGAAGCUCUGAAAAAUCUUACGUAAAAUCACCAAAGCCUACGUGUACUGUCAAUUAGGAGUGUCAAUCAACUUGGGCUUCACAAGCUAUUGGAUUGCUGGAACCUGCUUGUUUAAAAGGGGGAAGGGUGGGGGGGAGUCAGGCUGUAUCUAAACUAGGGUCCAUUACUUUCUGUAGUUCCAGACUCCUCCAAAAACAAAAAAAAAGAGAUCUCCGCAUCAUGCAGAAGCUCUUUCUUCCUAGUCACAGGCCUCAGUUUCUCUUCAAGUCUGGAUACAGAUGGUGGGACACAUACAGAUGCUGUCUCGAUUCAUGAGGACCCUUUCACUAGAAUGCUUGGGAGGCAAAGGAGAACUCUGUCCUCCUGCUGACGGUCCCAAAAAUAAAUAAUUGUCAGCUAUAAUACACAGCUGGGAGAUGCAGAGGACUGAAUUUCUUUAGAGAAACACACUCCAAGCUCCAAUAGCUCCAAGCUUAUUGCAUGUUUGUAAGUAUGUCUACCUAAAUUCUGGCUUUCCUUCCCUUUUGGUGUUCUGUGAUUCCAGACACUUUACUUUGUCUUGGUGCAUACUUACAGAUGCUAGAUAUCUGGUAUUGCAUUUAGUGUUUUAUAACUCAUCUUCUAAAGAGUGAGAAAUACAGAAUGUGUUGUGUCGUAAGUUACAGAAAUUGUGCUGAAAUUGUAUAAUGUGGAUUUCUGUAUGCUGAAAUACUUUUUUUUUAAAAUACAGUUAGUACUACCAGCCUUCCUACAGCUUGUAAAAAUCCACCAGUCUGACAUUGUCUAACAAACAACAGCCAUGUUAUGUAGGUGCACCUUCUGUAUCAGCCAACUUCAAGUGGGUGAUAAACAUACAGUCUCUUUAACUACCUUUUUAUGUAAAAAUAUACAAGUGUCCAUAACUUCGUAAUUAUUGUAUUUUGAAGAACAUUUGACAUCUGUAAAGUAAAAGAGUAUGGCUUACACCUCUACACAGCAGAGUAUCAAGCGCUCAUCUGAAAAGACACAUAUACAUCUUAGUAACAAAAUCUCUCCCGUCUCUAUUGGUGACUUCUGAAAGGCAGAUGAUCUGGCCCCACUCCCAAAAGUAGCUAGAAUAAGCAAAAGUGCAAAUCUGUAUCACAACUGUCAAAAUUAUUUCUUCCCCCAGAAAAUAUGGGACUUGAAAGCUUUGCCCUCCUCCCAACACAGCUCUACUGAGCUAGGACAUGUAGCAUUCUGGUGACAGCCUGAAGGCCCAGUCAGCGGCAUGCUGACGGUGCCUGGCCUACCUGGAUAGGACUGUCAUGCCCAUUUAACUUCUCAUCCCCCACAAGCUAUCAGUGCCAGCCACAAAGACACUGAGUUUUUAAAAUGUGAGGUGGACUCUUGAUCCACUGAAAGACUCUUGGUUGCUUAUCGAUUGUCUGGCAAACUCUAGUCGCUACACACACACAAACAGGAAGGGUUCACUGUUAAAAAAACCAGCAAAACACCAAAGUUUGGACAUUAAGCAUCCAACGAGAAAGUUCCCAAACAGAAGUUAUGUACAUUUUAAAAGCUAUUAAAUAUUGGCAAAAACACAGUGAUGGAGUAUUCAGUUCCAUUCAGAUUCUGCCUUUUGCUUCAGGAGAUGUUGCUGGAUCAUUUGCUUUUACCAGGUAGAAACAGGGAUUAUUUGGAAAUCUUUUUCUGGCAGAGAAAUUGUGCGGAACAAUGUUUUUCAAAUUACUAACUGGGUACAAACUGGUCUCUACAAAUGCUGUGUACAGGCACAGUACACUUUUCAAAUGUUUUUAUGGUAUUACAAAUGGAAACGGUAAUUUGUAGUCAGUUCACCUCACAAUUAAGUUAAAUAUUUGAAGCUAAAAAUCUGUCUUUAAAAAAGUAAAAACUCUGAGGUUUGGGUUGGGUUUUUUUAGGGUAAAAAACCCACUAACAGGUCAGAUGUUCUGACUGGUUAUCUCCCCUAAGGUAUAAAGCCCAACUGCCACCAUAUUGAUUUUAAAGUUAAUUAUGUAUACAUGAUUACUGCUUCCUCAUUUUUUAUGAGUUGCUCAAUGGAGGGAAAUGACAAAUGUCGAGUGACGUCCUGCUGCAGUGUUGCCAGUAUUUUGUGCUUAAUUUGUAUUAACUUGUAAAAGUGAAUGUUCAUGUUCAUUGUUACACGAAUGUUGCAAGCAACCUUCGAAUGAAAAAAAUAAUUCUGUUUUGUUCUCUGGAUGUUGUUACGAUACUUUAAUAAAGUUAUUU